AUGGCCACACCGCAACCGCAACCUCCCCCGCCGUCGUCCCCGCCCCUGCCGCCUGCGAGCGCGACGGCGAGCGCAACCGGCCAGUUCGCCCCGAGGCGCGAGUUCCUCCGCUCGCCGCACACCUUCUCCACCUUUGCCCUCCUCGCCCUCUCGGGGGCGGGCCUUGUCCGUCUAUGCAGCUUUCCACAGGCCGUGCACGAGGCCCUCCGCGCGCAUUUCGACGCGCGCAAGCUCACUGCCGGCGUACGCGAGGCCCCUGCGCAGAACCUGCUUGAGAUCUCGCUUCACGGAAGGCCCUGGGCGACCGCGAAGAGCAUUCGAUCCGAAAAGCUGCUCGUCGAAAUAAUGACUGUCAUCUUCCAGCACGGAUACGACUUCCUCUCCACUAUCGACUAUGGUCGCGAGCAGGACGACCGCCUCGCCAUCGCGUUCUCCAAGCCUGCGCCGCCUCCAAUGCCAGCAGCCCCGGGAUCGCGCUCCGGCUCGCCCAUGCCACUCACAGUCGCUCCCUUGCCACCCCCUGCGACCAAACCUGCCCGUGUGCCAAUAGGCAUUUCCUUUGCAUCGCCGACCGUGCUGCGUGUCAUCAACCCACCCCUUCAUUCAACACCUGCUAUACUCCAGGCAGUGCGAGGCGCCUGGCCACGUGGUGUCGUUUCCGAAAAGAAAAUCGAUACCUCGUUCGAGUUCCGCCUCAAGGGCUACCGCUGGUUCCAAGAAGACACCUUCGCGACCGACUCGCUCCAACAUAUCCUCGCCCUCCUCUCCUCUCUCGACGCGCAUGGAUUCGCCCUCCUUGCCUCCCUCUCUCUCGCCAACCGCUCUCGGAUCAAAGACCUCUGGAUCUUCACGGGCCCCAGCGAACAGUCAUCCAACCUCGACUCAGCCCCGAGUACACCCAACGCCUCUCGAAGUGACCUUCGUCGACCUGCGCAGGCGCACGGGCAAUACCGAGGCAGUCUCGACGCCGGCGCAAGCUCGGGGGGCUCGUCAGGCAGCCCUGGGAGCAACGGGCCGUCGCGCCUCGCUGCAGUACCUCCCCCGUACCAGAACGCCGCUGCACGGAGCUCGGGUCACCUCCGCUCCGCAUCUGAGCCAGCCACAAACAUGCCGCCCCCACGUGGCUCCUUCGCUGCUGCGCGCGCCCUGCUCAGGAAGCCAGGCCGUGCCUCGCAGACCACCGUCCCUGCGCUCUCCAACCUCUCCAACAGCGUCAGAAAUGGUGAGAAUGCCGAGGACUCGCCCCAGCGGCCGAUGGCCGCGCUCCCGCCCGCGCUAUCACGCACGGAGGAAGAACCCCUUCGUGCGACGCUGCCCAGCGAGGUUGGUAGCGUCGUGAACAUGACCGGCGUCGGCGCCGGGCACAACCGCAACUGGGAUCUUAUCGGCGAGGAGGAUGAGGAACUGCCGCCCGUCGAGGUGCAGAAUCCGCACCCGCAGGCGAGCGUGAUCUACGCCACGCACGGACAGCAACAAAGGGGCACUCCCAGCCCCCGCGAGCACGUGUCCACGAUGCGCUCGUCGGCGGGUAUCGAAGGCUCCAUCGCGAUGUACUACCAGAACGAGAACGCGGCGCUGACCCCGAGCAUGCUCUACACGCAUUCACCCUUGGAUGUGCACCCGCGCACACCCUCGCCGCCGCGCACACCGGGCGUGCACACCCCUACGCCGCCCCGGACGCCCGGCGUGCAUACUCCGACACCGCCGUUGCCUGGUGCGGGCACGUUUGACGAAGCCUUCCGCUCCUCGUCCUCACCACCGGACUCCACCCACCCGACCACGCCCUCGCCGCCGCUCCUCGGCCCCGAGGCGUUCCGCGACACGAUUCGCUCCUCCUCUCCUCCACGAGAUACCGUGCGGGAUUCUGCUUUCACAUUACACACAUACAAGACGCACGAGAUCCCCAUUGCCUGGACAGGCGCAGGUCCAGAACCGCGAGCAGAACCUCAGACAGAAACAGGACGUCGCCCACCUCUGCCUAGCGCGUACGCCAGCACGGGCCCGCCCCUCCCCGGCGCGUGGCAACCGUCGCCGACACCACGAAACGAGAAACCGCAGUGGCAGUGGCAACAGCAGCAAUCGCCGCAUCACCUCCCGCCGCUCGUCGCGCAGAACGCGUCCCCGUCCGACGCCGAGCCCGCCGCCCCAACGGAGAAGGAUUUGAAGGAGAGGGGGAGAAUGCCGUCGCCCGAGAGGAAGGCGGUCAGCGCGCGCGCGUUCACGCCGGGUGUGACCUCCCCUACGCAGAACGGGCGCAAGAGCCAGGCGGCGGAGGUCGGCGUGCUGCCUGCGCAACCGCGUGCCAGCCGGCGCGCUAGCGAUGGCUGGAUCGUGGUCGACGUCGAUAGCCCCGGAGAUGAAGGCGCGCCGACGCGUCCGGGCCUGCGUCCGCGCAGCUCCUCGUAUCCCACUUUCACGUUCUCCCAAUCUGGCGACGAACCAGGGCGGGGCCAGGCGGCGGCGAAGGCGAUCGUGAUCAUCGACGCGGUCGACGCGAAAGCGCAGAAGGGGUCCAGCGGAUCCGCGUUCAAAAAGCUAUUUUCGCUGCGCAGGACGGAGGCGGAGGGGGGCAAGGCAGCGGGGAAGAGACGGGAGCGCAGCGCGUCCCGGGGUAGGGGAUCUGAGAAUGAGGGUCAAACCCAGAAGGCGACCAAGGGCUGGUACCGAUGAGCGCGUAUCGAAUUGCUGGGAUCUACUGUUAAAGGACGGUGUUAUGGGACAAGUCUGGAGGACUAUGGAACGGAAACAGAAGUUGGAUUCUUUGCUUGCUAAUUCGUUUAAUAGCCGACGUUCUUUGCUGUGCUUGUUAUUGCUCAUGCCUGUCCUUUCACUGUUCGCUUCCAUGCUCCGACGAACCUUUAAUUUCUGGUAGCGACGUUGAAGCCGCGCUGCUGUAGAGUAUAAAGUAGUACCACCCAUGUAAGAUACGAGAUGAAGUGGG